AUGGAAGAUAGCUUUCAAUCGCGUCUGCAGUCGGUGUUAGAACGAACUGGUGAAGCUGCAUCAGAAUCUACGAAUACUUGGUACGAGCGCGUCAGAAGUUCACUCCCAUGGACGAACGAUUAUGCUGAAGUACCAACUAAUGCAAAUGGAAGCUCAUACUUUCAGAGCGGCGACUUCAGCCUGUCACGUUGGGAGAGGUAUAUGUUGUUUGGACUUUGUUUAUUAGGUAGCUUUGCUUGUUAUGCAAUUGUUUGCUUUAUGUUUCCAGUACUUAUACUGAAGCCAAGAAAAUUCGUUUUAUUGUUGACCAUGGGCAGUCUGUUAGCUGUUUUUGGCUUUGCGAUCAUUAUUGGAUUCAAAACUCACUUUGAGCAGUUAAUUACGAAGGAACGGCUUCCAAUUACCUUAGGGUACUUUGCAAGCCUACUUGCAACUGUUGUAUCAACCAUUUAUAUAAAGUCGUCAAUUCUAAGUAUUGUUUUUGGAGCAAUUCAUAUCAUAUUGUUUUUGGCUUACUUGAUUGCUUUCUUCCCGUUUGGUACAAGAACAGUUUCGUUUGGAGCACGGAUGGCCUCACGGUCUAUGUCCAACUGGUUACCUUAG